GACUGCAAGGGACAAGAGCAAAUAUGGCUGCAGGGGUAGCAGCAUGGCUGCCUUUUGCACGGGCUGCUGCUAUUGGCUGGAUGCCAGUGGCGUCGGCACCGAUGCCCCCUGCGCCCAGAGGUGAGAGAAAGAGGUCUCAGGACACCUUGAUUGUGCUAAACGUAAGCGGUUCCCGCUUUCAGACGUGGCGUAACACCCUGGAGCGUUACCCGGAUACGCUGCUUGGCAGCACGGAACGAGAUUUUUUCUUUAACCAGGACACUGGAGAAUAUUUCUUCGAUAGAGACCCGGACAUUUUCCGCAACAUUCUCAACUUUUACCGCACAGGUCGCCUUCACUACCCGCGCAAUGAGUGCAUCGCGGCGUAUGAUGAAGAGCUGGCUUUCUUUGGCAUUAUCCCAGAAAUUAUUGGUGACUGUUGUUAUGAGGAGUACAAAGACCGCCGAAGGGAGAAUGCAGAAAGACUACUGGAUGAUGCUGAUACGGAGAACGCAUCAGAAGGACCACUGCCCGCCAUGUCAAUUCGCCAGCAGAUGUGGCGCGCUUUUGAAAAUCCACAUACAAGUACAAUGGCCUUGGUGUUUUACUAUGUGACUGGUUUCUUCAUUGCUGUCUCUGUCUUUGCCAAUGUAUUGGAGACGGUUCCAUGUGGUAUAAUGCCAGGCUCCAUGCGCGAGUUGCCGUGUGGUGAACGUUAUGUUAUGGCCUUCUUCUGUCUGGAUACAGCUUGCGUCAUGAUAUUUACCGUGGAAUACCUGUUACGCUUGGCGGCUGCCCCCAGUCGCUACCGGUUCGUACGAAGUGUGAUGAGUAUUAUUGAUGUAGUAGCAAUCAUGCCAUACUACAUAGCCCUUGUGAUGACAAACAACGAGGACGUAAGUGGUGCGUUUGUUACGCUAAGAGUGUUCCGUGUGUUUCGGAUCUUUAAAUUUUCCCGCCACUCACAGGGUCUACGGAUCUUGGGCUAUACCCUUAAGAGCUGUGCUUCAGAGCUGGGCUUUCUGCUAUUCUCCCUCACUAUGGCUAUCAUCAUCUUUGCCACAGUAAUGUUCUAUGCUGAAAAGGGUUCUAUGAACAGCAAAUUCACUAGUAUACCCGCUGCCUUCUGGUACACUAUCGUCACCAUGACAACAUUGGGGUAUGGUGAUAUGGUUCCAAAGACAAUAGCUGGGAAGAUUUUUGGCUCCAUAUGUUCUCUAAGUGGUGUUUUAGUCAUUGCAUUACCAGUUCCUGUAAUAGUUUCCAACUUCAGCCGAAUAUACCAUCAGAAUCAACGAUCGGAUAAACGCAAAGCGCAAAAGAAAUCAAGGCUUGCAAGGAUUCGGGUGGCAAAGAGUGGAAGUGCUAAUGCGUAUUUACAAAGCAAACGCAAUGGUAUACUAAAUGAGGGCACACGUGAAGAUCCAAACAAAACUGGGUCUACAUUUGCAACACAGCAUCACCACCUGCUUCAUUGUCUGGAGAAGACCACGAAUCAUGAAUUUGUGGAUGACCAAACCUAUGACGAUAACGGCAUGGAAGUAUCUACUAUAAAUAAACCAAGGAAUCACAGUCCCUCUAUGUUGUCACAUCGUGAUGGAGGUAGCUUUUGCUGUACUAGACGGAAUAAAAAGAAUCUGUGCAUUCCAAAUGCUAAUAUGACAACAUGCAGCCACCAUGGAAGCCUUCAAGAGCUCAGCGCUAUUCAGAUCCAGCAUAUGGAAAGAACUCCCUUGACCAACAGCCGUUCCAGUUUAAAUGCCAAAGUGGAAGAAACCAUUAAGCUAAACUGUGAGCAUCCAUAUGUUACUACAGCAGUAAUAAGUAUCCCAUCGCUGCCAGUGACAACCCCAGCGCAAGAUGGUAGAUCAGAGUCUCCCGACUACUCACAAAGGAACAUUGUAAGAGUGUCAGCACUAUAAGACCUACUCAAAGAGGAUUGUUUUAAAGAAAUAGAUGAACACAAAAGCUGCAGUCAGCCCAGAAAAAAAUGAAAAGAGUGAAAGCUUCCCAAGAUUUUCAAACAGUAAAUUAUUUGCAUACUAAUAGGACAAGACAAACACAUUUGAAUAAUGCAAUGGGACCGAAUAACAGAUCUUCCAACUGAGUAUCCGUGUGACUACAUACAUGAGCACAAUGAAAGAUUGCCCAUUGAAGUUUUCCUUUUAUUCCCCUUUCCUUUCCAAAAAUGCAACAUUUUUAUAUAAAAGAAUAAAAAAAAGCCUAAAGGAAACUUUUCUGGAGUGUUAAAAACAGCAUUAUGGCAAUGGAAACAUUGUAAUUAUGUUUUCCCUAGAGGGAACAUUGAACGUUCCAUAGGAGUAAUGGUUAUGAAAGAACAUGCAAAGCAAGUAUAUUUGUACUUAUUUAAAUGACAUCAGUAAUGCAUGCAGCUAUUCUUUAGAACAGGGAUUUUGGUAAUUGAGACUGUUUCGACCAAACAUUAUUUUAGAAAAAGAGCCUUUCAGUGCAUUCACAACAACUGGAUGAAUAAUGUUUACAGUUACAAAACAAAGACAAAACAAGCGUUUUGGGAAAAGAACAGUAUUUAUACAUCAGUUGCAUUAUGUGUUGUAAAUAUCUAUAUAUUUUUUUUGAUGAUGAUGUUGUUUUAUUGUUAGUUUACCUUGUUUUGCAACAGCUGCAAUAACUGUGUGUUUGCUACAUCAGAAGUCUGUAUUUAUUUUCUAAUUCUUAACAUUUAGGCGUCAAAGGUAUGUUUUGACACUGGGAAAUAAUAUCUGUGCAUACAGAUUGAUAUUUCUUCUGUUAUUUUGUGUUUAUUGAAACUGAAAACAUGCAUUUGAGCAAGGGAAAUAGCUAUAUUAGCUCAGUGGUAUUUUUUCUACCUGAAAGAUUUUUAAAGAACCCUGAGUCUGGAAAUUGCAUGAUAACUGAUUGUAAUUAGUCUUGAAUGCUUGCAACGUUAUGCUUAUUAUUUUGUAGUGCUGGUGGUGUCAAUAUUGAUGUUUAACAUUAAAGUAAAAACAUACUGUAUAUUUGGGAUAAAGUCAUUGUAAGAGAAGAAGCCCCAACCUAAC